GAGCGCGGGAAAAGGGGGCGGAACAAAAAAAAACCGCGCGCUCGCUCGCUCUCGCGCACUCGCGCUCGCCUCACACUUUUGGUUGUGGUUCCGCAGUCGGUGGCAGCAAGCGCCCGUGCGUUCGUCUCCUCGCUGUCCCGUACAUAUAUAGACACACACAUACACACGAACGUACGUACGCACGCACGCGCGCCGCCGCCGCACGUUACCGUAUAUGUGCGAGUGUAAAUGGCCAUGGCGGGCGCUGCGGGACAGGGCGACGCGGCCGAGGUGAUGUACAGCAAAGUGGUGCCGAAGAGCCGGCGGGCGACGCGGCAGACGAUCAAGAAUGCCUCUUCGCUCGACAUUCUGCUGUCCAUGGGGUUUCCCAGGGCCCGCGCGCUCAAGGCUCUUGCUUCAACAGGCGACCAUGGUGUUCAAGAGGCAUGCGACUGGCUCUUUUCGCACCUGUCGGACCCCUUCCUGGACGACCCGCUCCCACGAGAGUACGUGCUCUACCUGUGCCCCACGGGGCGGUUGGCGCAGCGCCUCUCCGACUUCUGGGACGCGUCUCGCGCCCAGUGCGGGAAGAACAAGGCGCACAACGUCUUCCCGCACGUCACGCUCUGCCAGUUCUUCACGUGCGAGGACGAGAACGCCGAGGGCCUGUACCGGGGCCUCAAAGGCGUGGUGGAGACGUGGCGGCCCCGCUUUCCGACGCCCCUGCGGCUGGAGCAUUUCUCGACCCCCAACUUCCUGGGUCUCUUCGUGCAGGAUGGCGACGCCGAAAUCCUGCGGGAGUUCGCUGCCGAAUUCGCCGCGGAAGUCGCUAAAACCGCCGACGUGAAAGUGGAGCCACACAAGAGGCAGCUGCACCUGACGCUGGCGUACCAGUUCCAGGCGCAGCACCUGGCCAAGCUGGAGCGGCUGGUGCGCGCCGUGGACCCCGAGCUGCCGUGCGAGUGGUGCGCCGUGCUCUACUCGCGUGACAUCCGCUACGCGGGCCAUGAGACCCUGCGGGUGCUUUACCCGUACAUCCCUCAGAACGACGACGAGCUGGAGCUAAUACCGGGAGAUUCCAUAUUUGUGUCGCCUUCGGAGCACGGUGCACAGGGUGGCAGCGAGGGCUGGGUGCAGGGGACGUCGUGGAUCUCGGGCCUGGCCGGGCUGCUGCCGGAAAACUACACGCAGAAAGCGGACGAGUCGGACACCUGGGUGCUGCACAGGUCCUACGCGCUGUCGUGCCCCGUGCUGACCACGGAGGCCGCCGCCGCCGCCGCCGCGACGUCGGUGCCCCGCGAGCUGCUCCUGAGACACGCGGCCCACGGCAACGGAGAAUCGUCGUCCGCUUCCUCCUCCGCGCUCCUCGCCGUCAACGGACCGGCCUCCGCGACGAACAGCCAGCGGUCCCUGCGUGGGGGCGCGCGUUCCGGCACGGAGCUGGCCCGCCGGAGUCUGUUUGUGCUGCGACACGGCGAGCGCAUGGACGUGGUGUUCGGACGGCAGUGGGUGGCGCAGUGCUUCGACGAGCGGGGAGUGUACUUUCGAUCGAACAUGAACAUGCCGGCCAGUCUGCCGCAACGGAGCGGAGGGCAUCGCCAGUUCGAGAAUGACCCCCCGCUCACCGUCCUGGGGGUCACCCAGGCCCGGCUCACAGGUGAAGCGCUCUUUGAUGUUGCUGCGGCGGUGGACGUGGUCUACUGCUCCCCUUCCCUCCGCUGCGUUCAGACGGCGCAGCAUCUCCUUAAAGGUCUGCAGAUCGAGGGCCGGCUUAGGAUUAAGAUCGAGCCAGGGUUGUUUGAGUGGACCAAGUGGACACCUGGGAACUGUCUGCCAUCCUGGAUGUCAAACCAAGAGUUCACGGCAGCUGGAAUCCACAUAGAUACCACCUACAGGCCCCUGAUUCCGGUGGCGCAGUUGAACCCGAGCGAAUCGUACGACGUGUACGUCACACGGAGCUUCCACGUGUGCAGGGAGAUCCUGGCCGAUUGCAAGCAGAAGGCAGGCUUAUCGCGAGUGCUCAUGGUGGGCCACGCCUCGUCCCUCGACGCCUGCACUCGACAGCUCCGUGGGCUCAGCAAGCUCCCGGCUAAAGACUUCAUCCAGAUCGUGCGCAAGGUACCGUACCUGGGCUUCUGUGCCUGUCAAGAGCUGGAGGAGGCGGGAAUCUGGCAGAUGGUGGACCCACCCAUACUGCCCCUCACGCACGGCCCAAACCCAGCCUUCUGUUGGCGCGAGGCCCUCUGUGAGGACUGAAAUCAUCCGGGAAAACACAAUUCAUUUAUAUUUAUUAUUGUUAUUAUUUUAUAUUAAACGAAGAAAGGAAUAGUAUAAUAAUGUAUAUUUCCCCGCAUUUCUCUGCUAUCACCGAACAUAUGUGUGUAAAACACAAAUCACCCCCCCCCCACAAUAAAGGUUGUGGCCGGUCGAGAGGGGAUUUUUUUUAAAUGUAACAUUCUCAUGGGAAAUAAAGCAGCGUGUACUAAAUGCAUUGCGCCACACUUGCGCCACUAUUAGAUUGCUAUGUCACACUCGUUUAUAGAUGGGGGGGGGGGGGUGGUCCUUACAAGUUUUGUAAAUUAAUUUAUUAUUUUUUAACACAUAUACACAUAUAUGUAUAUAUAUGUAUACAUAUAUACGCGUGAGGUUGCUUGGUAUCGAAAUUCUCUCUCGAUCGGGCACGGAAAGGCCUCCCUGUCCAUGGUACUAAAAUACCAACAAAUGUGAUGAUGUUUCUUCCAAAAGAAAGUGGAAGAAAUAGCCGGGGGAUAGCCUUCUCCAUCGUUGGGAGAACUAAACGUUAGUGUCACCUCACUUUUGUUGGAGGGGAACACAUUAAUGAUGCUCGCAAUUCCUUAAAAAAAGCAUUGAAUGUUACUACGCUCUAUUUAUCUUCCCAAUGUUAGAGGAGAGAGAGAGAUUGUACGGUUUAAGGCAGGUACUGGUGUUAGUGUGUCGUGUGGGAGGUAUGUUUCGUCUUGGGAACUUAAUCAACAUUGAGUUACCUCAUUGUUAAUCACAGGCAGGUACUUUUUUUGUUGUCACGGUUUACUUUACUCGAUCGGUAACAGGCGUACAGCGGCCUACAGCGGUCCCUUCUCGUGGUGUCUUCUAUAUACUUGCAUGGUGGUCUUUGUAGAUGUUGUCUGUGUGCUUGUUCCUACCACAUACAUUUACGAUGGCAAUCACAAUUGAGUUACCAAAAUUGAAUAUUUAAAUCUAAUAUAGUAUUCACAUUAUAUGAACAUUUACAUCCAAAAAGUUAAAGGCACUCCUUUUUUUUACUUUUGUUAUUGAUUACAUUAUAUUUUUAUAGCACUUAACGAAGCUGCAGCAUACAUGUGUUUCGGUGUCGCGAGAGCUAAGUGACAUUUGAGGUUUCUAUAGCGCAGGCGUCUGCAACCUGCGUUUGUCAAUUCGGAUAUUGAUGUACGUCACAUUACAGUGUACUCUGCACAGGCAGAUGUGAGCGGCACAUACGCCGCUGUGGUUACGUGCGUUCCCGUAUCCGUCAAUGCCCGGCAUAUAUCCGGGGAUAUAUUUGAGCGGUGGACGAGCGGGUCCAUGUUUUCAGGCGCCACAGGCCCUCCGAACAACUCGACCGCGUUCGUUCAGCGUUGAUCCACUUGUCGUGCAGUCGUUACCGCGUGUUCAUCGUUGUACAGGGGAGAGACCCUCUGCUACCAACUCGGCUUACACAGGGCUAGGGUUGCAGUGUCUCGAUUAUGCAUGACAGCAGAGGCCAAACACGAUACAUGCGGAUUCCUUCCCCUUUGCGAUGUUCUGUCACCGCGCCCUGGCGUAAUCGAUGCUCGCUGCUUUAUCCACAAAAUUACACACGUGAGCAUCGCGCUCCACACCCGAGUCACCAAUGCAAACCGUCGUAUGUCGCAUUGUCUGAAAGUAUUUCCGUGCUUGGCGGUUAGGAACGGCGAGCCGAUUGUAACUCUGUGAGCUGCACAGGCAAUUCUAUGUUACCCAUGAGCUCCUGCCAGACACCUUCUCUUCGGUACGCGAAGACUUCAGUUGACCUGCCGCGUGUCACCUACCCGGUUAAUCCUUCCUUUUGAUUAUGACACUGAAUGCGCAGCUCUACACACACAAGGGUGCUCUCCCAUCAUUCCAGCAUCGAGGAUCAAAUCACACUGCUGUGGCUCACGAAAUGAAGCAGUCAAAGCUGAGUGCUUGCGGAAGGGUGUGGCUAAAUUAAAUAAUGUGAUAAUCAUGGGAAUUUUGUUUACUUAUUGGGCUUCAUAAUGGUUCAGUAAUAACAUAAAUAAUGUACAGUCCUUUAGCAAUCCACUGCCAAAUGAUGGGCUCCCAUGCCUUCAGUUGGGGUUGGUUGACCAUAUUUCACCCGUGCUGGUCAGUAUAUAAAUUGGUAAUUGCUUUAGGGGGCCAAGACCGGUUCAAAUAUCACUCUCCACUGACGUUAGCUGGAAUCGAACUCAGGUUACCGAGCUCACGGUGCAGUGCGCUUACCACCGCACUCGCCCCAUAUUGGAAUUUGGAAUAGACACCCCCCCGAGCACUGAAAGUCUGCCAUGUACAAUUAACCAGUCAGGCAGGUUGUCAAAAUAGUCAGGUGGAGAUGUGGUUAACCCUGAUUACUGGAAAUGCUCGUACGCGCUUUUGUUUCAGGCGCACAAAAUUGCCAUUCGUGUGAAGGGUGUGCCACUGGGUGGGGCUUUGGAGCAGUGUGCUUCCAGGAUGGAAUGUUUCAGUAGAUUUGACUCCGCGUUCAGUGCUUGUCCGUAGCAUUGUCCUGACCCGAUGCAAUAUAGGAAUUAAAGUGCAGGCUGAAUGCAGUUACCAGGUCACGCUGCUAGCCGUGCAGAAUUUGCGUUACUUUAACACGUUGCCUUUAAUUAUCGGGGUUUUGAUGCCGCCUUUAAUGAAUGGCGAGAGAGGCUGAAGCAAGUUCUUUGGGGACGGCGGCAAACAAAUGUGGUACGAAAUGACCGAGCAGAUUAGACAGGCGGUGGGGGGGGGGCGACCCCCUUGAAUUUAACCCUCUGAUGUACAGGGUGGUGGUCCAGAUGUCUUGUGACCCCCCCCCCCCCCAAUUUAAUUGACGCGCUAAUAAAACAUUUCCCGUUGCAUACUAAUUCAUGUUUUAUAUACAGCUUAUACUUUUUUCUUCUUGGUUCUUUCGGCAAAGCCAUGUGAUUUUACCGAAAGAACCAAGAAGAUGAAUCCUUGCAGUCACGAAAGCUUUAAAUCGAAGCUUAUACUUUCUUGGAAGUAAUUGGAGGGGGGGGUCACAAUACAUCUCGACCACCCUGUAAGAAUACUAUAGGUGGCAGAUGUAACACUUGGGGAAUGCGGUGCCGUGACACCAUUCAGCGCCCCCUCUAAAAAGUAAAAAAAAAAACCUUUUCCGUGGGGAAACAACAAAAAUGCAUUCGGAAGAUUUUAAUCUUCGUGAGCGACACGUAACUCGAUUGACCAACUUCCGAUUGAUAUUAAAGGGUAAAAAAAAUUAAGGAGCACGAAACAAAGUUCAACCAUUGACAAUGGUUAAUUAUGCUAAUUUUUCGGUCACGUUUACAUGCCAAUGCGAAUUCAAGUGUGGAAAAAAAAUUCAUCCACUCGUCUCAAAUGUUUAAACUUGGACUGAGCAAAUGGCCGUCGUGUUUGCUUGGAAUCUCAAGCUCGUUACUGUUUGAAAAAUGCAUUCUGGGAUUGCAUUGUCGCACAGAUAUUUUGUCGUUUCACAAGUCCCAAUACGUGAUAUUUCCAUAACGCCCUUCAAUAUUGGCAUGCGUUUUCUCGUUCGCGCAUCUUUGGUAUCGUGUUCAAAUGUCCGGCCCCAUCUGUGGUUUUGUUACGAAGAUAAAAGAAACAAAAAACACCGUUCCCCCCCUGUGUACUAAACUUGCUUUGCCAAAAUAUCGUUACAGACCAUCGCGGUGCUGUGAGCUAUAUACAUAUUCCACUAAUCUACGCUGUGAUCGUGUCUUGUUUGUGGUCAUCCGAAAACUGCUCGCGGAUUCGUGAAGCAGCAUUGUAAUCUAGCGCACUGUGUGCUUUAUGCAAAAAAAUAAUCCUUCAAAGCAAUUUAUCAAUACAGGUAUAUAUUUAAAAAAAGAAGUAUAAGUUUGUGUACAAGUUAAACAAUUAUAUAUGUGUACUUUGCACCAAUGAAUUAAAGUAUAUUAACAUGUGGACGAGCAUUUAUACGAUUACUUUCGUUUUCGGAGAUUUUUUUUUUUACGUAUAAUGUACGCACAUAAUAUGCACAACGAGCCCCAUAUUUUGUUGUUAUGAUUUUAAAAUGUUCUGUUUGUUUGAAAUCUUUACUUGCACUGGGGAUUGUGUUGAAUGACGUGUGUUCAUCAUAAAUACUUUUUUUGUUUGCUCAGGGCGCAAGGGAGGCAAAGCCAAGCCUGUGCGCGCCCCUUGUCCCAGGAUUGCGGUGUCGUUCAUUCCGACACAUUUGUUCAAACGGGGGGAAUGUACGAGUUACCUUUUCCGCGAAAAUUCGUGCAAUCCGUGAAUUCAAAGCAGGUAUAAGUGUUUCAGGAAAUAAAAAAAAUUAUACGAGACAAAAAAAGGUAUUCACGUGUUUAACGAUUUGACGACGACAUUAAAAGCAUGAUUCUGCGCCAA